AUGCUGGGCCUCUUCGAGAACGCCGCCAGCUCGUCCCCGCUAGCAGAUCGCAUCAAGGUAGACGACGAUCUGCUGCGAAAAUUCAAAUGCGACGAGAGCACAUUCGGAUCCAUUCAGGGGGAGAAGCCGUUUGAGUGUCCCGCAUGCCAAAAGCGGUUCUCCCACUCCGGCUCCUACUCCUCGCAUAUGAGCAGCAAGAAGUGCACGCCCGGAAAUGGCAGCCCCUCGCUAAAACAAGGUCUUCCAACGAUGGUGCCCCAAUCGGCGAGCCCGGGCAGCGGUGGUGGCCUAUUCGGCGCCUCCGAUCAACUCACCCCCCCCUCCACCGUCUCGCCAAUUGCUCAGAACUUCCUGGCCGCCUGCCUGAAGGCCCAAACGGCACAGACGAGCCCCGCCGAGUCGGAGGAGACGCACAACGACGUCAAGGAGGUCAAGGAGGAAAAGAAAAAAGAGGAAGACAAAUUGAUCUUCGGGCUGAUGACCCCACCGAAAACGGAAGGCUCCGAAUGGCGGCCGAUGAGGUCGAGAUCGUUCCUAACCGAUGCUCAGGUGUCAAUCCUGCAGAGCCACUUCCAGCGCAACCCGUUCCCGUCAAAGUACGACCUGGCGGCGUUGGCCAUGCAGAUCGGCGUCAACAAGCGCGUCGUACAGGUGUGGUUCCAAAAUACGAGGGCCAAGGAGCGGCGCACCAAUCGGACGUUUGAUGAGGCCAUGAGCGACGAUGAGAAAAUGUCGGAAGGCCCCGAAACACCCCUGGAUCUAUCCCUAAAAGAAGAAGAGGAGGAAGAGGUUGAGCCCCAGGAUGAAGCCGCCGAAGACCCGCCGCGACCCUCGUCCUUGACUCAACCACCAUCAGCCCUUGAAGCCUUCCUCGAACAACAGGCCGAUGCGGUCCGGAAAGCGCUUGAGGAAGCCAAAGCCGAGCCCUCUAAGCUGGACAGCUCGAGCCCGUCGGCGGCCCAUUCCCCAGCCCCCUCAGCCACAUCCCCCGCCACGACCUCCUCGACGUCGUCCGGCAUCUGGCCCACCAACUUUUUCCUCUCCCAAUAUUCGCUGUUGGGCACGCAGGGACUUGCCGAUCUCAGGAAGGUGCUCGAUAAAGGAGACGUGGAGUCCUCUCGCUCCCCCACUCCCCACAAGCCCCGAUCAACGACCAGCGCCGAGGAGGGCGAGGGCCUAUUCGCGUGCGAUCGUUGCGAGAAGGUCUUCGGCAAGCAGUCCUCACUCAAUCGCCAUAAAUACGAACAUUCCGGCCAGCGUCCCUAUAAAUGCGACACGUGCGACAAGGCGUUCAAGCACAAGCACCACCUCACCGAGCACAAGAGGCUGCAUUCGGGGGAGAAGCCGUUUGAGUGCCUCAAAUGCCACAAGCGAUUCUCCCAUUCCGGCAGCUACUCGCAACACAUGAGCCAUCGAUAUUCUUACUGCAAACCCUUCAUGCAGGAACAAAAACUGGUCGAUGAUGAUGCCGCCCUUGUCGAAGCCCAGCCAAUGGAGAGU